CAACGCUGGAUCGAGGCGCUAAGUCUUAUUUUCAUUCUCGAUGUAAUAAAAGAAAAAAAUGCGUUUUAUUUAAUAUUGGAUUUUUAAUUGAUUGAAGCGGUAGGACACAUUUCGAAAUGCGCUACGGACAACUAGUGAUGGGCCCUGCAGGAAGUGGAAAGUCCACAUAUUGCGCUACUAUGCAACGGCAUGGUUACGAUGAUAAACGGCUAAUCAAGGUAGUCAACCUAGAUCCGGCUGCUGAAGCGUUCGAAUAUCAACCGUUCAUCGACAUUCGAGAUUUGAUCCAGCUGGACGAUGCCAUGGAAGAUGAAGAGCUGCAUUACGGUCCGAAUGGUGGGUUAGUCUUCUGUAUUGAAUAUUUGCUGGAGAAUUCUGACUGGUUGAGAGAUCAAUUGUGUGGAAUCGAUUCGGUAGAUGGCGAUGAGGAUGGGGGUGGAGGAGUGACUGAUGGUGGAGAAGAGCCGGACGAUGACUACAUAUUGUUCGAUAUGCCAGGACAGAUUGAAUUGUACACACAUUUGCAAGCAGGGAAACAGUUAGCGAAGUUAUUAGAGUCUUGGAAUUUUCGUCUAUGUUCAGUGUUUUUGGUGGAUUCACAAUUUAUGAUCGACGGAGCAAAGUUUUUAUCGGGAACUAUGGCCGCGCUCAGUGUGAUGGUGAACAUGGAAUUGCCACAUGUUAACAUUCUGAGUAAAAUGGAUUUACUAAGUAAAACUAGUAAAGGGCAACUGGAUAAGUACUUGGAGCCUGAUCCUCAAGCGUUACUAGGUGAAAUUACGAAUGAAUCAUCGUGGGGCCGGAAAUACAGGAAGCUAUCUGAAACCAUUGGUCUGCUUAUAGAAGACUUCAGCUUAGUUCGUUUCACGCCCCUGAACAUCAACGAUGAAGAAAAUAUUGCCGACAUGUUACUGAUGAUUGACAAUGUGAUACAAUUCGGUGAAGACGCUGACGUUAGGACUCGAGAUUUUGACCCACCUGAGCCAGAUGACCUGGGGGAUGAUGACGAAAAGUACUUCCAGGACUAGGAAAUAUAUAUCAGUUACAUGUGUCAUUGUUCGAAAUGCUUUAUUCUCAA